GCGCGGAGGCGGGGCGGAGGCGCCGCGGCGGCUGUUAUUGUUCGGCUGGGCUCGGUCGGGCGCUGUCUCCCUCGGCUCUGCGGGUGUCAGUUCGUCCGGCUUCCUCACAGCCGCUCACUCCCGACGGCUGACAGCAGCAGCGGCGGCGGCGGGCGGCGCCUGGCGUUUCGAGGCUGAGCGGCACCGGGGUUGGGGCGCGGAGGAGGAGCAGCAGCGGGAGGAGGAGCCGUGUGCCCUGGCACUGAGCGGCCGCGGCCAUGGCGUACGCCUAUCUCUUCAAGUACAUCAUAAUCGGCGACACAGGUGUUGGUAAAUCAUGCUUAUUGCUACAGUUUACAGACAAGAGGUUUCAGCCAGUGCAUGACCUUACUAUUGGUGUAGAGUUCGGUGCUCGAAUGAUAACUAUUGAUGGGAAACAGAUAAAACUUCAGAUAUGGGAUACGGCAGGGCAAGAAUCCUUUCGUUCCAUCACAAGGUCGUAUUACAGAGGUGCAGCAGGAGCUUUACUAGUUUACGAUAUUACACGGAGAGAUACAUUCAACCACUUGACAACCUGGUUAGAAGAUGCCCGCCAGCAUUCCAAUUCCAACAUGGUCAUUAUGCUUAUUGGAAAUAAAAGUGAUUUAGAAUCUAGAAGAGAAGUAAAAAAAGAAGAAGGUGAAGCUUUUGCACGAGAACAUGGACUCAUCUUCAUGGAAACGUCUGCUAAGACUGCUUCCAAUGUAGAAGAGGCAUUUAUUAAUACAGCAAAAGAAAUUUAUGAAAAAAUUCAAGAAGGAGUCUUUGACAUUAAUAAUGAGGCAAAUGGCAUUAAAAUUGGCCCUCAGCAUGCUGCUACCAAUGCAACACAUGCAGGCAAUCAGGGAGGACAGCAGGCUGGGGGCGGCUGCUGUUGAGUCUGUUUUUACUGUCUAGCUGCCCAACGGGGCCUACUCACUUAUUCUUUCACCCCCUCUCCUCCUGCUCAGCUGAGACAUGAAACUAUUUGAAAUGGCUUUAUGUCACAGAAGACUUUAAUCCUUCAAAUUCUUGUAUAACUUUGAAUAAAUGGUUAAUGUUCACUUAAAAGACAGAUUUUGGAGAUUGUAUUCAUAUCUAUUUGCAUUUGAUUUCUAGGUCAAUUGAUGUGAUUAUUUUUGUUAAAUGUUGUCUUGUGCCCUUAACUACGAACUGAAUUGUAUUAAACACUACAAAGUCAUCUUGAGUAUUUUAAAUCGGUUUGUGUAGUUAGGUUUCCCAACAUCUGUGGUUACCUAAUGUUUAAUAUUAUAGAACUGUCCUCAGAAACUUUGUCAAUUUUCACGGCUAUAAGGAAACAGAAGGACUCUUUUAAUUCUGUAUUUAUCAUUUACUUUCUGUAUAUAUAGUUUAAUAACCUGCUUGGGUGUAAUUUGCCAAGCUUGAAUUCUUUAAUGCAUUUGCAUAAAUUCUAUACUGUUUAGAGCUUAAAGCUACAGAAGCAUUGUUAGGAAUUGCUUGGACACUGAAUUUUAAACUUUUUGACAUUGUUAACAAGCAUGUUCAUCUUUUCUUGUCACUAGUCCAAGAAAAAUAUGCUUAAUGUAUAUUACUAAAGGCUUUGUAUAUGUUAACCUGUUUUAAUGCCAAAAGUUUGCUUUGUCCACAAUUUCCUUAAGACCUCUUCAGAAAAGGAUUUGUUUGCCUUAAUGAAUACUGUUGGGAAAAAACACAGUAUAAUGAGUGAAAAGGGCAGAAGCAAGAAAUUUCUACAUCUUAGCGACUCCAAGAAGAAUGAGUAUCCACAUUUAGAUGGCACAUUAUGAGGACUUUAAUCUUUCCUUAAACACAAUAAUGUUUUCUUUUUUCUUUUAUUCACAUGAUUUCUAAGUAUAUUUUUCAUGCAGGACAGUUUUUCAACCUUGAUGUACAGUGACUGUGUAAAAUUUUUCUUUCAGUGGCAACCUCUAUAAUCUUUAAAAUAUGGUGAGCAUCUUGUCUGUUUUGAAGGGGAUAUGACAAUAAAUCUAUCAGAUGGAAAAUCCUGUUACAAAGUAGAAAAGCUUUAGUAAUUUACUCAGUGUGGUGGUUUUAUCCUUUUUUUCUUUUUCUCCCUUGGUCUAUAAUGAAAUUGUUACAGCAGUGCAAAAUAAAAUCCUAUGUAUAAAA